AUGUAUAUAAAUCAAUUAUUGAUAAUAAUUAUUAUUAGUCUGAAAAGUAUCAAAUGUGAACAACAAAGAAUAUUUAAUGUUUCUGAACGAGCAUCACUUGGAUAUAUUAUUGGAUAUAUUAAUGGUACUUCAUCAGAUGGUAUUCAAGCAAAUUUUUAUAUUGUUUAUUCGGAUAAUAGUGGUGAAACCGAAAAAUAUUUGGCUGUGGAGGAAGUAAGUGGUGAAAUACGUGUGUUACGUGAAUUGGAUUACGAACGACGUACUUCAUAUCAUCUAAUUGCUGUACCCAUAAAUCGUCCACAACAAGAAGAAGCAAUUCAUGUUAUAGUGAAUGUUAUUGAUGAAAAUGAUAACACACCAACUUUUCCAGUUUCUUCGAUUGACGUGUCUAUUUCUGAAUUUGCUGCAUUAAAUUCGGAAAUUUCAUUACCACCAGCAGUGGAUAAUGAUUCGCCUCCGUUAUCAGUAAUCCGGUAUCAUAUCUUAUCCGGAAAUGUCAAUAAUGCAUUCAAAUUAUCAAGUAAACGAAUCAAUUCAAAAUUAUAUGUUGAUUUGAUUGUAAAUGGACAAUUAGAUCGAGAAUAUCGCAGCCAAUAUGAAUUACUUAUUGAAGCAUUAGAUGGUGGCAAUCCACCAAAUAGUGGUACAAUGCUUGUAAAUGUUACAAUUCUUGAUGCAAAUGAUAAUGCGCCAGAAUUUAAUCAAACUGAAUAUGGCGCUUUUGUCCCAUUGAAUGUAUCAAUGAAUGAUAUUGUUGCAGCUGUUUAUGCCAUAGAUUUUGACCUUGGUGAAAAUGCUCGAAUAGCUUACUCAAUUGCAAAGAGUCAUUCUGAUUUAAAACUUCCAUUUGAAAUUGAUGGUGAAAGUGGUAUAGUACGAGUAACUGAUCCAGCACUUCUCAUUCCUGGUUCAAUUUAUCAACUUUUAAUUAUUGCAAAUGAUCAUGGAUUACCACAACCACUUGAAUCAACAACUUUUCUUACAAUAACAAUUGAAAAGAGUAAUCAAUCAAAGAUUAACUUUGAUAUCAUUUGGCUUACUGAUAAUAAUCAACCGGAAAUUUAUGAAAAUAUUACAGUAGGAUAUGUUAUUGCUCGGAUUACUGUACAAAAUGCACCGCAAAAAAGUGAAUUAUUUGUAAAUGGAUGUGAUGCAUUAUGUAUUAAAGAAACUGAUUCAUUGGAUGUUUACUUAAUGAUUGCAUGUGGAUCAUUUGAUCGAGAGCAAAAAUCUAAAUAUAAUUUAUUGUUUACGGUGAAAUCAUACGGGAAACAAUUAUUAGAGAUUCCGGUAUUUCUUGAGAUACUUGAUGUUAAUGAUAAUGCACCUAAAUUUGACAAAUCACCAAUUCAUGUGAUAUUUAAUCAAUCUACAACACAAUUUAAAUUAAUACGAAUUCAUGCGACCGAUUUGGAUAGCGGUAAAAACGGACGAAUAAAUUAUAGUCUUUCCGGUACAAAUCAAUUCAAAAUUGAAUCUGAUACCGGUAUUCUUAGCAUUCAUGAAAAUUUUGAUUGUUUACUAAAUCGAGAAUAUCAUUUUCGUGUUUGCGCCAAAGAUUUUGGCACACCAUCGUUAUCAACAACUGUUGAUGUUAUUGCUGAAAUAAUUGAUAGUAAUGGUCAACCGCCUUUGUUUACAAAACCGUUAUAUGAUGUGACCAUUGGAGAGGAUAUCGAAUCAGGCACUUGUCUUCUCAAGAAUGAAAAAGAAGUGUAA